AUGGAGACAACUUUUGAUAGUUUUUCCUGGUUCUUUACAGACGAGGAUGUCUACCAGGGGGCGACCGAGGAAACGCAACCACCAGAGGAAAAGAACGCUCUUCAGAACCAGAUUCAGAUCAUUUCCACAUGUGCAGCCAUCAUCAAAGAACAAGAACGGCCGGACGUGGUCAGACAGGCCUUAACCACUAUCCGAAGAAUGACCAACAACAUUUUGAAGCAUCCUGAUGGCCAGAAGUACAGGAAAGUCCGGGUGGAGAACAAGACGUUUCAGGAGACUGUCAUGAAAUCAACGAAUGCGCAACAAUUCGUGGUUGCAGCCGGGUGGAAACAGGUUGAAGAUACCAUGGUCUUCAACAAAUCUAACGAUGAGCUGCUCAACCCGACACUACAGAUCAUUGAUGAUUUGCUGAGUUCCCUACCUUGGGAGACACCUGGUGACACUGACGAUCUGGGGCAUCCUUUCGUCCCACAGAGUGCAGCAGAGGCAUCCUCGGAGGGAUCACAUAAACUGGUCAAAGGUUUGCCAACUGGCGUCAAGGUAUCACGGGGUAUGAGGUUCCACGUCAUUCGUGGGUCCAACAUAACAUUGGCGCCCGACAGGAAAGCUGCACGUCGCAAGGGCGGUAUCAGCAAUGCCAUCACCUUCAGCGAUAAACCCUUCCGCGUAAAUCAGCUGAUAGCUGUACAUAUCACAGACAGGGACCCUACCGUAGAAAGCGCUGUUGUGCUGGGGGUGACAACCGUAGACCCCAUAAAAUGGGACACAGAGAAACUGCCACAGUUUCUAAGUUACCUCUCAAACGAUGACGGCUUCUGGAGCGAGCCAAUAGGAGAGGACGUGGCCCUACCUGGAAACAUCCUAACAUUCUACGUCAGCAGUAGCGGCUCCCUGAAGUGCUCAGUGUACGCUGAAGGAGAGGACCGGACCGUGGAAGAGAUUGACAUCGUCUGCAACAUCCCAACUGGCAAGCCCAUGUGGGCGGUACUGGACUUGUUCGGGUCGACCACUGCAAUCAGCUUUGUUGACAUAGAAGAGAAACAAGACUCAGAUGAAGAGGUGCCCUUCCUGACAGAGAACGAUCGCAGCUAUGUGGCCAGUCUGUUGUCUAACAUUGCGGAAAACAUUCCCUCUACAAGUGACAAAGAAGGGGAAAGCCAGAAGGUAUCGUUUUAUUGUCCAUUGUUUUUUAAACCAUAUGCUGACGACGCUAGCGGGGAGAGCGCAUCCACCAGUGCCAGUGAACCUGCUGGUGAAGAAAGAAAAGACAUGGAUGAGGUACCUUCAGAAACUGCAGUCCCAGUCCCUGCAGCUGAAGCGGCAGGUCCUGCUACCGAGGAGACUGCCGGGGCAGAAGCUGAUGAUGACGGCAUGUCUACUGAGGACCUGCCCAGAGAGAACUGGUUGACACCAUUCGUGAACGAGCUUCUGGAGAAGGAAACCGUGGAACAGGCCAAACUGACUCUAACCACUCUGUGGACAAUGACACGCAACAUCACGAAUUACAAAGGCAACGAUGACAACUACCGAAAGCUGACUACCAAGGACGUUCCCUACGCUGAAGCAAUAACGGCCACCCCGAAUACACACCGACUCUUCUUGAAGAUGGGAUGGAAGAAGCUGGGUGAAAUAUUAGUCGUCCCCCAGUAUGGCGGUCAAGAUGCCAGACCAAUCCUGGUGGCCUUGGAAGAAGGGCUGUGCAAUUUGAAUAAAGACGAAAUUCCAGCCCAAGAGCAGAAGACUGGAGUAUCUGAGGACAAUACGAACUUAUCAUUGAAGGCUUGUCUGGAGGAGAUAGAAGAGAUGGAGACAACAGGUCAAAAGAGGAUCACUCUAUCCACUAUCAGGGAUGUGGCAAGGAGGGUCCGUGACACCCCAGGCGACAACAAACACCGAAGGGUCAACAUGAAGGAAAAGGUGUACGCCGAUGCCAUCUUGCGGUCAGAGGCAGCAAGGAACUUCAUGGUCACCGCAGGAUGGAUUCAGGUCGGAGAUAAGUUGAUAUUCCCCAAGUACUGUGACAAGCGCCUUGAUCGCAUCUUGGCUACCGUUGAGGAAGCUCUAAGCAAACUCCCUGACUUCCAACUCGAAGAUGAAGAUGUGGAAACAGCCAAGGAAGAGGAGAAAGUACCGAAGGAGAUGACAACACCUCCAGAGGAGAAGGAGAAAGCAGAAGAGAAAGUUACUGAGGAAAAGAUCGCGCCAAAGGUGGAGAAACCACCAGAAGUGGAAACACCGUUUGCAGCGCCGGGACUCAAAGCCUGGGCCCCAGCUAAGACCGCUGGCAACAAAAGGCAGCGGCUCGCCUUCUGCAGUGUUCAUGGCAACGCGCUCCAACUGAAGGACGGAGGUAGGACCAUGAGGCGACUGUACGCCACUGACGACAACACCAGCGCCAUCACAUUCACCAGCAGGCCUAUUGACAUCGGUGAAAAGGUGACCGUGGAGAUCACAGAGUACAGAUCCAGGUCCAGUGAAGACGGUAGGGGCGUCGUGAUCCUGGGACUUACCACCGAAGAUCCUUCGACACUGUCUCAAGACGACUUACCUCCCUGUGUGAUCGACCUCACUGCCCAGACCAACUACUGGGCGAGGCGGGUGAAGGGAAAGUUCGUGGGCUCGGGAGACACGCUGACGUUCUACCUGGACAAGGACGGGAACCUGACGUACACCCUAAAGGACGUGGUGGACGAGGUUCAUCUCUGCGACAUACCGACUGACAAACCGUUAUGGGCAAUCUUAGACAUGGAUGGCGGAGCUACGACUCUCACAUUUGAAGGUGUAGAUGACCACUAUGAGUUCAGGAUGCCCUGGGAAGGCUGGAGUAUUGAGCCUGACGUCACCACCUCUCCUCCCGAUGCUGCAACAAGCAACCUGGACGAUGAAACCCCACAAACAGCUGAAAACGACAAGGGCGCAGAAAGUGAGACAACACCUGCACCUGAAAGUCACGAGUCUCCCUCAGCCUCAGGGACAACUGUUGACGCUGACUCAAUGACCGAGGAAGAAAAGCUAGCUUUUGCCUUUCAAAAGUUCAAGCAACAGGUCGAGGACCCGGCAAAGGAACAGCCACCAGAGGAGCUCAUCCAACUGAUCAAUGCCAUCAGACAGAGAACUGAAGAUGGAGACUCGUCUGACGAUGAAGAUGAAGAUGACGAGUCUAAUAUAGCAUCUGAACUGCUGGGAAAACUGGGGUCAGCUUUCUUUGAAACUAUUUUGAAAUCAGAGCUCCAGCAUCUGUUCGGGAGAUCAACCUCCGCAUCUGAAGAGAGGUCUUCAGGUUUAGGUGCAGGUUAUGGAUUGGCUGAGACAAAAGCUUCCCUGGAAGACAGGGUACAGAUCAUGCAAGCAUGUAUCGAAACUAUGGAAGAGGAAGCAGACAAGGACACGACAAUAAUGUCGCUGACUCUUAUUCGACAGAUUACAAGUAACGUUCUAGACAACCCUGGUGACCCGAAGUACCGACAGAUCCGGAUGAAAAACAAGUCCAUUUCUGGUCACAUCACGGACGUGCCUACCGCCAUACAGCUCCUGUCUGCCAUCGGAUGGGUUCAGUCGGAUGACUCGCUUGUCCUACCGACAUCUGCUGAUGAUCUGCUGGAGCCGACACUAAAAGCAAUAGAUGGAGCCUUAAGGAAACUGAAAGGAGAAGAGACUGAAAGCCCUGCAGAGGCCCAAACUGAGACAGCUGAAGAAGAAGCAUGUACCAACACUUCACACCAAGAGGCACCUACGGGCAGUACUGAAGAGGUGGAAGCUACAGGGGCUGGAGUAGUAGCUGCAACUGAGGCACCUACUGAGGCAAUAGAAACUAGCAUGGAAGGAGAAGAGUUGGCCACUGAUGCUGUACACAAAGUAAGGGAAGAGGUAAACACCAUCUCCUGGAUCGCUGCUAUUCUGUGUAUGAAGGGCACUAUAAUGAAGUAG